AUGGUCGUCGAACGAAACCCCAAGGACUCCAUGAAGUCCACAUGGCGCUCCGAUCCAGAAAAGAAAGGCUGGUCCUUCCACCACUACCUCUACAACUGGCUGUCUAUGAACCCCAGCGAUCUGGAUCGUGCAACGCCUGUACACCAGAAAUCUGACAAGAUGCCAUACAUUCCCGAAUUUGAAGCCCACAAAUGGGUCCUCCCACACGCUCUAUGGCCCUUAGCCCUCCACCAACUCUACACCUGGUACUUCAGCAAACCACUCCACUGGAUACCAGCCUUCAUCUUCUACUCCAUCGCCUACAAAAUCAACGCCAUCCACGAAAUCAACAUGAUGCGCAACCUCGGCCACACCUACGGCUUCCUCGACGGCGACAAACACGCCCGCGACGAAGUCCCCGACCACGGCGUUAAAAAGGUCUUCCGCUCCCUCUCAUCCACCUCAACGUUCCGUCCCUUCAUGACGGUUUUCCUCGCCUACCGCACCGCUUCCAGUCCCUGGGACUCUCUUAGUUUCAUCUACCUUCCACUGGAGCUGGGCCUCUACGGCAUCGUCCUCGACUUCUUCUUCUACUGGUACCACCGCCUCAUGCACGAAUCCGAUUUCCUCUGGAAAUUCCACCGAACUCACCACUUAACCAAACACCCCAACCCGCUCCUCACUUUAUACGCCGACACCGAACAAGAAAUUUUCGAUAUCGCUAUUAUACCUUUCCUCACAUACGUCACUCUCAAAUACGUUUUUCGCUUUCCUAUGGGGUUCAGUGAUUGGUGGCUCUGUCAUCAAUACAUUGUUUUCACGGAAUUGUUUGGACAUUCUGGACUCAGAGUUUGGACGAGUCCGCCGAGUACGAAUGGGUGGUUGUUGAGUUAUUUUGGGAUGGAACUUUGUACUGAGGAUCAUGAUUUGCAUCAUCGGCAGGGGUGGAAGAAGAGUCGGAAUUAUGGGAAGCAGACGAGGGUUUGGGAUGUGGUUUUUGGGACUGCGGGGGAUAGGAUUGAGAUGAAGGAGGGGGUUGUGGAUUGGAAUGAGAAGGUUAGGCUGCCGUGGUGGUAG